AUGAGCUUGGAUAUUGGCAAAUCAGUUGUCUGUCUUGUUUACCAAAGAUAUCCUACCGCCUUCCAUUACUGUUCCAGGUGCAAUACGGACUAUACUACCUGUACAUAUCUUUCUAUAUGUGCAGUAUGUCUCCCCGAAAUAGCCGAAAAGCAGUCGCAGAAUUGGACAAGUGGGAACGCUGAUGUAGACAAUUUUAUAUUAGACGCUCAACGUAGCGCAAAAGCCAUCUCUGAAAUAAUUGAAUGGAUUCCAUACGACGAUUUUAUAAACGGAGAGUCAUUAGCAAGAGGCGGAUUUUCGAUAAUCUACAAAGCAACCUGGAAACAAGGACCAUGGACAACAAGGGUUAACGAAUACGAGAUACCGGCGUACUGCGAGCGUGAGGGUCCAACAGAAGUCGUACUAAAAGAAUUGAUCGGAUCUCAAAAUAUCUCAACAAGAUAUCUAAAAGAAGUACAAUUGUAUUUAUUGUUUAUAAAAAAGUAUAAGCACCAGGGACCUAGAGUGUAUGGUAUUACAAAAAACCAUGCUACUAAUAAUUUCGUGUUAGUCAUGGAGUUUAUACAUGGUGGAGAUUUAAGACAUCUUUUGAUAAAAAAUCCAAAGAAAUUUACUUGGGAACGGCGUAUAUCCUUUUUAUGCAAAUUAGCAUACCAGCUGCAAAGUUUACACAAGGAAAACUUUAUUCAUGGGGACUUUCACAGUGGAAAUAUCCUGUGUAAUUCAGAUGAGGAUUUUAAAAGCAUAUCAGUUAUAAUAACAGACAUGGGUUUAGCUGGUCCCUCUGAUACUGACAAGAAACACAAUGACAAUGAACACGAGGCAUUAUAUGGGGUAAUUGCAUAUACAGCACCAGAAGUUCUUCAAGGUCAACCCAAAUCCAAGGCGUCAGAUGUAUAUGCUUUUGGUAUAAUCAUGUGGGAAAUUUCAUCAGGAAAGCCAGCAUUUUAUGAAUAUGAUGACAUGGUCUGCUUAAAACUCAAUGUUUGUGGAGGAGUAAGACCAGAUAUUGUUUCUGAUACACCAGAUUGCUACAUAGAGUUAAUGAAGAGAUGUUGGGCACACGAUCCAAAAGACAUCGCAUCCGACAUUUCGCAAGAAGUUCGUUCAUAUAAGGUAAUCGAAGAAUUCACCGAAACGAAUUCACCCCCAAAAAACACCGAUGCCACUUCCAAUUCAACCGCAAAUGCAUCUCUCAAGCCAACCGCCGUGCUAGGAGUCACCACAAAGAAAAUAAAUCUACCAAUAUCAAAGCCCGUCUUAAAACUCGAUGACGACGAUUUAACAGAAGAGAAUCAGGACGAAAAGAAAAAAGAGGAGGAGAAAUCAAUGAAAAGUACAAACAAUAGUAGUCAAUGUGAGGGUGGAUUAGGGGUUGGGUCAAAUAAAAGAAAGUUUAUUAAAUAUUCAGAUACUUACAAACCAGGAAUGGUCCGCGUCGGUUCUAAAUGGGUCUAUCCGGAGGACGAGAUUACAGAUGGUGGGACAUGGGAACAUAAAAAGCGCGCUGAGGAAAUGAAAAGGACUGCUGAACAAGCAGCAAUAUUAACUCAACAAGCCGAAGUAAAACGAGCACAUCACAUAGCGGAUUUCCUUCCCAAAGAAGAGCUCGAAAAAUUCGAGCAAAAGGUCAAAGCCGUUAAAACUGGCACUCCCGAUCCUUUACACGAAGAUUAUGCACAGAAUAAGUUGGAUCAGAAUAAUAUCGGAUUUAAGAUGCUAAUGAAACAAGGAUGGCAGGCUGGGACGGGUUUGGGAAAAACGGGAGAUGGUGUUGUUGCGCCUGUUAACAAGGCUGAUUCUCGACCACAAGGCGCAGGUCUUGGUCAAGAGAAGCCAGAUGGUGUUGCUGAAGAAGACGAUGAGUUUGAGAUUUAUCAAGGGAAGAGAGAGGAAGAAGAAGAGCUUUCUGUUGUUUGGGAUGGUUACUUUUAUUCACGUCGAGGUAGUUGCGAUAUAUGGACUGGUAACAAUCCCCGUCGACCAUAUUAUUGA